CUCACCCGCCAGGGCGCCUCCGUGCCGCUUGCCACCGCGGCGGUGUGUCCUGCAUCUCUCGCUGUCCGAGUCGGCCAGCUGCGGCGUCUCCUGGCUCCCGCGCCUGCCUGCUCCCCCGCCUUUCCUGAGUCACUGCCGCCAUGGCCGAGAGUGGUGAGAGCGGCGGCCCUCCGGGCGCCCAGGACAGCGCGGCCGCUCCAGGAGGCGCCGGCGCGCCGGCGGCCGCAGCCUCCGCGGAGCCCAAGAUCAUGAAAGUCACCGUGAAGACCCCGAAGGAGAAAGAGGAGUUCGCCGUGCCCGAGAACAGUUCCGUCCAGCAGUUCAAGGAGGAAAUCUCUAAACGUUUCAAAUCACAUACUGACCAGCUUGUGUUGAUAUUUGCGGGAAAAAUUUUAAAAGAUCAAGAUACUUUGAGUCAACAUGGAAUUCACGAUGGACUUACUGUUCACCUUGUCAUCAAAACACAAAACAGGUCUCAAGAUCAUUCAACACAGCAAACAAAUACCACUGGAAGCAGUGUUACCACAGCAUCAGCUCCUAAUAGUAACUCCACAACUGGUUCUGCCACAAGCACCCCUUUUGGUUUAGGUGGCCUUGGAGGGCUUGCAGGUCUCAGUAGCUUGGGUUUGAAUACAUCCAACUUUUCUGAACUACAAAGCCAGAUGCAGCGACAACUUAUGUCCAACCCAGAAAUGAUGGUCCAGAUAAUGGAAAAUCCUUUUGUCCAGAGCAUGCUAUCAAAUCCUGAUCUAAUGAGGCAAUUAAUUAUGGCUAAUCCACAAAUGCAGCAGUUGAUACAGAGAAAUCCAGAAAUUAGUCACAUGCUGAAUAAUCCAGAUAUAAUGAGACAGACAUUGGAACUUGCUAGGAAUCCAGCAAUGAUGCAGGAAAUGAUGAGGAACCAGGACCGAGCCUUGAGCAACCUGGAAAGCAUCCCAGGAGGAUAUAAUGCUUUACGGCGCAUGUACACUGAUAUUCAAGAACCAAUGCUAAGUGCUGCUCAAGAACAGUUUGGUGGAAAUCCAUUUGCUUCCUUAGUGAGCAAUACAUCCUCUGGUGAAGGUAGUCAACCAUCCCGUACAGAAAAUAGAGAUCCAUUACCCAAUCCAUGGGCUCCACCGGCUUCCCAGAGUUCAUCAGGUUCCAGUAGCACCGCCAGCUCUGUGUCUGGCACUGGUGGUAGUCCUGCCAGUGGCACUACGGGGCAGAGUACCACUGCACCCACUUUGGGACCUGGAAUAGGAGCCAGUAUGUUCAACACACCAGGAAUGCAGAGUUUGUUGCAACAAAUAACUGAGAACCCACAACUCAUGCAGAAUAUGUUGUCUGCCCCCUACAUGAGGAGCAUGAUGCAGUCACUAAGCCAGAAUCCUGAUCUUGCUGCACAGAUGAUGCUGAAUAACCCCCUAUUUGCUGGAAAUCCUCAGCUUCAAGAACAAAUGAGACAACAGCUCCCAACUUUCCUUCAACAAAUGCAGAACCCUGAUACGCUGUCAGCGAUGUCAAACCCUAGAGCAAUGCAGGCCUUGUUACAGAUUCAGCAGGGUUUACAGACGUUGGCCACAGAAGCCCCUGGCCUCAUCCCAGGGUUUACUCCUGGCCUGGGGGCAUUAGGAGGCACUGGUGGCUCUUCUGGAACCAAUGGAUCUAGCUCUGCACCCAGUGAAAAUACAAGUCCCACCGCAGGAACCACCGAGCCUGGACACCAGCAGUUUAUUCAACAAAUGCUGCAGGCUCUUGCUGGAGUAAACCCACAGUUACAGAAUCCAGAAGUCAGAUUUCAACAGCAACUGGAACAGCUCAGUGCAAUGGGAUUUUUGAACCGUGAAGCAAACUUGCAAGCUUUAAUAGCGACAGGUGGUGAUAUCAAUGCGGCUAUUGAAAGGUUACUGGGCUCCCAGCCUUCAUAGCACCAUUUCUGUAACUUGAAAAAAAUGUAAUUUAUUUUUGAUAACGGCUCUUAAAUCUUUAAAAUACCGCUUUAUUUCAUUUUGACUCUUGGAAUUCUGUGCUGUUAUAAACAAGCCCAAUAUGAUAAUUUUUAAGGUGGAGUAUAGUAAGAUGUGUGGGUUUUUUCAGUGUGUGUUUUUUUUCCUUUGACCGGUGGGAAUCAAUGCGUUUUUCAAUUAAGGCUAUUGCAUGUAUCAAACACUUCUGCAUUUAUUGUAAUUAAAAAAAAAUCUGACAGAUAAUCACCUUUUAUAGUCAGGUGAACAGAUUUUGUCCUGCAUCUGUCCAAUUUAUUUGCUUUUUAAACAUUAGCCUAUGGUAGUAAUUUAUGUAGAAUAAAAGCAUUAAAAAGAAGCAAAUCAUUUGCGCUCUAUAAUUUGUGGUACACUAUUGCUUAUUGUGACUUUGGCAUGUAUUUUUGCUAACAAAAUGCUGUAAGAUUUCUACUAUUGACAGGUUUUUGUUUAAUUUGGGGGUGGGUGAGUUGCGUUUUAUAUGUUUUGUUUGUAUACAGCAUAAUAGUCACAUUUGGACUGCAUUUCCAGACACUGACUGCAGUAGCUAUAUGAGCAAAACAUCUGUAGGCCAAAAAGGGAGACUGGUUAAGGAAAUACUUUCAGCUGAGUAUUACCUAAUUGUGUAGAAUCUUACAGCAUCUUUGAUAAACAUCUCUCUGCAAAAAAAAAAGUGCCAGUUAGGUUUGUUGAACAUACAAUAGAAAAGUUGAUUCUGGUUAUCUUUUUAAGGACAUUUAGCUGUACAGAAUGCAUAACGUAACACUGUCUCAAUGAUGUAAAUUAAUCUUUGUGCAGACUGAAGGGGCGCUGUAAUAGACCCAAAAGUGGAUUUGCGUAGGAUUUUCAGCUUCUCCCAUAGGUAGUUAAGCAGACAUUAUGAUCGUUAAUGUUGCUUUCAAUGAAAAUGUCGUGAUGCUUCAGUUCUUUCUAACCACCAUAUAAAUAAUAGAGCUAUUUUUUGGGGUGUAUCAGUUUCUCAUGCACAGGAAAGACAUGAGUUUAAAAAUGAUUUGUGAGCCACCUGUUUCUGAAGUGUUUGGGUAGUUCUACUAAGAAGUAGUUAAAUAUAGUGAUUUUCAGAGCCUCAGAGAAGGGAUAUUUUGGGAGGGGUGGGGGGAAGUCGGCCCUGGAUUGAGCUAGUUUAAAUAAUACUGGCAACCAAGAUUCUGUUAGGCUUUCUGUGCAUAUAGUAUAGUUAAAGAAAUAUCAUUCGAGGUGAAAAACAGAGCCGUGUUAACAAUGUUGAGUAACAUUUGGCUGUUCUGUAGCCUUUUCCUCCUUUUCCAAAGAAGCUCUGUUUACUAACAAACUGUUAGGGUGGUACAUUCCUUUAGGACCAAUUAAAAUGUAAUUUGGGGGUCAGUAAUAUAUUUGUCUGACUCGUUCAGUAUUUGCUUAGGUCAUUAUAUUCUCUCAUGUACAGUCACAGGACGUUGAAAUGUUAAUAUGAGUUCUGAUCAAUAAAAUCAAGGGAUACACAAGUUUUGAAUAUCAUUACUUCUGUAAAUUGCUUGCUAUUGAAAAAAAAGUCAUGAGGCCAUGUUACCUGCCCGUCCAUGCAUUGUUCUGACACUUUACUUAGGAGGAAGGUAUGUAUGUACAAAGGUCAUUAUGGAGGCAUGACUAAAGUUAAAGGAAGAUGUUCACUUAUCGUUGCUCUUUUCUGCCUUAUGCCUCAGUCUGGUUUAAAAAUAUGUGUACUAGGAAAUGGUGGUCUAGAGUGUGGGAUAGUGUCAUAACCAAUUUGAUGAUUUAUUAAUCAGAAAGUAACAAUAAAUCUCUAGCUUUUA